AUGGCGUCUGGCCCGGACCCGCAGAGCUUGAAAUCAUGGGAGGACGCAUUCCAAUACCCAAUUCCCACCGUGCGUCGUGUAGAACAGGAGCUCCGGCGUGACAUUGCGAGCAAUAAGGAGAAGCUCCGCGCUCUAGUUGGGACGAGAUACCGAGAGCUUGUCGGGACUGCGGAGACGAUUGUUUCCAUGAACCGGGAGAUUCAAGAUGUCGAUUCGAACCUCGCCGAUAUUGGGCAGCGAUGCAACCCGAGACUGGUGGAGAAGAAGAGUGCGCAUUUGGGUCAGAUUAAGAGCGAUGUGUUGGAUAAGGAUGCGGACAAACGCUCAGUCGGAGCGCAGCUCUCACUACUUCACCGCUGUGCUGCUACGAUUUCGAGACUACUACGGAGACGCGCUUCGCCGUUGCUGAUCGCAAAAUUGUUCGUCAUCUCCCGACUACUACACAAGACAUUAUCGCAGCGGAAAUCCGUGCCGCCGUUCCUGGAGACCCUGCGCGGCCAAUUGGCUUCCCUUCGACAAACCCUUCUGAAACGGAUCCGGAAAUGCCUUGGUUCUGCGAAUUCCACCGCGGACGAUAUCAUUGAAGCUCUGGCUGCGUAUUGCUUGACCACUAGCUCAUCGUCGGAUGAUGCGAUUCGUCAUCUUCGGGACGUUCGUCUAGGCGUUAUUGAUAGUCAAUUGGCUCUCAUGGACUUUUCUGGCGAGAACGUGCUUAAGGCUUUCUUGCUAUACAUUCGAACCCUGCAGACGUCCAAGAUUCUCUUGUCCCGUCGCCUGUCGGAUGUCCUUAGUAAAUUGAAGACACGGCCCAUCCUCACGGACCCUGAAGUGCGCAACCUGGAUGAUCUGGGCAUUGACACUUUGGGCCGCUGGGCUGCGCCGGAAGUCACGAACUUCACGCCGUGGAUCAAACUCAGCGAGCUUUCCAAGUCGGACGCAGAGAAAGUCAUCAAGCAAUGGUCCAGUCAGGCUUUCGAUGCUCUCGUCAAGGGCUGCCACAAUAGCCUAGGAAACUGGAACGAUUUCCCUGAUCUUCUCACACUGCGGAAGAAGACCCUGGAUUUGUGGCUCAGUUCACGGAGCUCCACACCAACACAUUCGUCGCUAGGCGUCCUCGAAGGCAUCAGGACAAUAUUCAAUGAGCAACUCACGCGAGUUCUGUCGGACCAAGCCCAGAAACUCGAUCAAUUCGGACAAGAUAUCUUAUCAACGAUAUCAUACUGGGAAAGCAAGGAGCAUUCGGAGACCCAAUCGCUAUGGGAUCACAACAUCAUCUCCCUCGAUUACUCGAACGGAGCAACCGCCUUCAAGCAAACAGUCAUGAACAAGCUCUUAGGUCGCGACGAGGACAUCUCCACCGCUCUAGAAGUAUACCAGAACUGGCGCUCCAUCAUCGACUCAUCCAAACAAUUCAUCGACGAUCUAAAACGAACAAAGUGGUCAGAUAUCCUCGAUGAAGGCGAAGACGAAGAUCCCGACGUCGACAUCGCAGCCAUGUUAAAUGACGAUGACCCUCGACUCCUCCGAGAUGCACUCCAAUCCGCAGUCCGCCAGUCUCUAACCACCCUCCAAGACUCCUUCAGCGAUACCUUCGCCGCAUUUGGUCAAUUGAACCGGGGUCUCAAAGCUGCAUAUCUCCUCCGCCUCAUACGACUCGUCCGCAGGGAUCUUCCUGCAGACUUCAUCGCAAUCGACUUCUCAUUCUCCAACGCCAUCGUCCCCAAGUUACAGGAGAUGCUUGCGACAGAAGUCGUUGCGCUUACUACUCCAUUGCGCUUGCCUGACUCUAGAAGGAGACUACCGGGUCGGUCUCUUUGGGAAGGAGAUCCAGAACUACCCGUUCAGCCGUCAUCUUAUACGUUCAAGUUCUUACGGAGGUUGAUGGAGUCUAUGGAUCGGUGCGGACAGGACCUGUGGGAUCUUUCUACAAUGCAGGUUCUGAAGCAGACGUUGCAGAGGGACUUGUCAAAGUCUAUUGUGUCUGCUUUUGAAAACUUGGAAUCGCCUGCCCCUGAAAAGGACACACCCAAACCUGAAUCCGAGUCCGAGACCAAACAGGAAGACGAAUCCCAACCAACUGAAAACGGCACCGAACCAAACGAAGAACAACCUCAACCUGAGCCCGAAACCACCGAAACCCCUUCCAAGGAACACAUCCGCGACUGCAAGGUCCAAAUCUUCUACGACACCAUCUAUCUCAAAAACGCCUUGGCCGCCAAAGAAAUCGAGCAAAGUCAAUGCCAGUUGACUGGGGCUGUUGAGAAACUCCGUGCUAGUAUUGAGUCUGAGGAACGAGUCGUUAAGAAUAUCGAGAAGGCGGCGAGUGAGUACUGGAAGCGAACGAAGUUGUUGUUCGGGUUGUUGGCUGUUGGGUCGGAGUAAGAUGUUUACCGCAUUUCGCGUGAAUGCGUUCCGUAUAAGCUUGCAUAUAUUGUGUUCAUGGUGUGGUGGUUAAGAACAUUCAAACGCAAUCAAUUGUAAUGAUAAAAAGGGGUAUCAUGAAACAAAUCUCAAAUAUUUAACAUCCUGAACCCAAC